AUGAACGACGAAAUUGAGGAGGAGGCACCUCGCCCCCGACCCCUAUCCGGUGGCAUAUGGACCCUGUUCUCAUGGCUACGACGCACUGAUAGGUCAUUUUCAAGUGAAAGCAUCAGCAGCGUUGGUUCCGAUAGAACGGUUGCCAGUUUCGACUUCCUAGCUCCAAUAAAGUAUAAAGAUAACCCAGGUAUAUUAUUGCCCCAGAUACCAGAGACUGAAACAUAUAAGAAGAGAUUGAACGAACGAAACUUGCGAAGGAAAUACGACCGCGAUAUAACCUUGAGACGUAAGUACGGCUUGUUCAGAGAAGAGGUCACCAGUUUCGACGGUUUCAGCUUACCUUCUAAAAGAAUACAAAGAGUUUCACCUACUAGAAGGGAUAGACGAGCGACCAGUGAAAUAUUCCAUCGUAGAGCACCAUACGUUCCUGGUAAGCGACGUGCUCCAUUACCACCACAAACUGUAGUUUCAAACACCUUACCUCGUAGUAACAAAAGGAAAAGGCAAGCACCCAGACCCCCUAUAAAAUUGUCAGACGAAAAUAUGGAAGGCAACAGUAUCAAUAAGAAUAUGUUAAGAGAAACUAAAUUAACGAACACUAAAUAUAUAGUCACAAGUCACCCUGAAUCAUCAACGCAAACAGAAAACGAUUUUAAAAGUACACCAUCUAAGGAGGUCAAAUUACGUAGCGAGAAAAGUUUUCUGAAACAAAUUUUUGAUAACCGGAAAAGGAACUCGGCGAUUGAUACAAGCCAUGUGAAACUACUGCCAAGUAUAAGUGAACUUGACAAACAGGCAGCAGAGAUAAUAGCUACCAAUAAGUAUCUACAUGGAGGGAGCAGUGGGCAGAUGGAUGAUAACUUUAACAAAUUAUCGAUCCCAACAUCGUCCAAUGAGAAGAAAUGGAUAUGUAAAUUAUGUUUUAGAAAAUAUGAUGCCUCUAUUGUUUCAUGCGUAUAUUGUAUUACAAGUAAUAAAAAUAGAAAAAUAGCUUCCAAUAUAUACACACAGACAGACAAUAAAUCGAUGUCUAACAGAGACAGCGAAAUAGACGAGAAGAAGAAGUUAAAGGAAAUGUUAAAAGAAAUGAAAGACUCCUUGCCCAAGAGACCAAAGCAUAAUGUAAAUAAAGAAAAAACAAAUAUUUCUUCAACAGAAACCCCUACCCUUAGAAUUGGGUCUCCUAUAGAAAAUAUUGGUGUAAACGCGGAAUUAUUAACAAAUUCUAAGGUUCGCAAUCACGACAAUAAAGCCAUAGAAAGUAGAACUUGCAAUAAGAGUUUAAAUUUACCUUCAGAACCGUCUACCUCCAAACAAGCUGACAGGUUUGUUUGUAACAGCUCUAAAGAUACAAAUCAAAUCAAGAAUCCUGAUGGAAAUAUUAAUGACGGGUCUCAUAGUGAUGAUGUAAAAAUGGCAAUAUCAAAUCCUAGAAAAUAUAAUUUUCUUCUGGGUUCCGAUCCAAAACCAACAAAUAAUUUAAGCAAUAAACAGUCAUCUGAUGGAUUGUUGACUGAGAUGAGUAAAAAUAAUGUAGUUAAUGACAAAAAAACAAUAGUUAAAAAUACUGAGGUAAAGACUAAAACAACAAUAAGUCAACAACCGUUAAGUACAGGGUUACAAAUCACUGAAAUAAACAAAGAGUCAAACGUGCCACUCAAAGAAAUCCAGAGUGAAGUAGAAAUUGUUAAUACUGAAAAUAAGUCGAAAUCAACUAAAAUUAUAAAAAUUGAUCAAUCUUCUUUGAAUGUACAAUCUAAAAGCUGUAUUAAAGAUGAAUCUAAAAGUCAUAAAGCAACAACGGAGCAGAACACAGAACAGUCUAAUAAAAAACCAAAUAUAUUAAAGGAAUCAAAAAUGGAACGUGUCCGACUUGGUGAUAUCAUAUCAUCAGGAAAUAUCCGUUUAAAUGAUACGAACAAAACCGUGCCUGAUAAUAAAUUGAACACGCCACUUAGGAUAUCAUCGUUACUAAAUCCUUUAUACUGCCCAAAAACUGAACUUGCAAACAAGAAAAUUGAAACCGAGAUCUUACAAACGAAACCUGAUUGUAGUGGUAAAAAUAGUGACGUGAAUAAUACUAUUUUAUCAUCCAAUAGUUCUGCUGCAAGUACUUCCAAGAAAUCCGAUGAAGUCCACAGUGCUAGCACUUCCAAGCAACUUGAAAAUAAUUUGCUUGCUAAUAAACAACUACAUACUGAAACUUCGGCUACAAAAUCAAACUCAAAUAUAGAUUAUUUGAAUCUUCAUGCGAAACGUAGGGACCUAAUUAAUCAAUUAGAAUCAGCCAUUUCUAAAGGUGACGAAAAAACCGCAGCUGAUGCAGCAGCGAAUCUUGCUAAGUUAAAAUUAUCUUGCUCAGUUUUAUCAUUUUCUUCUCAAAUAGUUGGAUUAAGUAAAAAUAUACCAAAUGAUACUAACAAAAUUGAAAAACUUGCUCAACAUGGCAACAAAAACGCAGUUAAAAUAAACGACGUUAAGGAAGUUGAAAAACAACACCGUGAACAAUUGACAAUUAGUGAAUCGACAAAUAUAAACAAUCUCCAACCGUCGACAUCUAAGGGAGACUCAGUUGAAGAUAUGGUACCGAUUGAAAUUUGGGUGGAAGAUAAAGAGGCCGCUAGGGGUCCCAUACGCAUGAAAGUUAAAAGAAAAGCCGUUAUGGGAGAUUUGAAGCGACAAGCUGACGCAAUACUUGGUCUUGAAAUACGUUUACAGCGGUGGAUUGUUGGCAAAAACCUAUGUACGAACGACGAUACACCCCUUCUCACCCUGGCAGGUCCUGAUUUCAAAGCUCCUUUCUAUUUGUGUUUAGUUGAACCUGGAACUAAUAAGGAUGACACCAGUAAAAUCAGUGAAAUUUCUAAUAACGAUAAUAAAAAUGUACCAAAUAAAAUAAACAAUACGGAAGCGGGUGACGUUUACACGGAGUUAAUAAAAUUGGAGCAGCAAGCACUCGUGCUAAAUACCGAAGACUUCGAAUGUGGCGUGUGUAUAGAGCAAUGUCCGGUGGGAAAUGGCGCGGUCCUACGGGAAUGCAUACAUACAUUCUGUAGGGAGUGUCUAUGUGAUGUCGUGCGACACUCCCAAGAGGCGACUGUUUCAUGUCCAGCUAUAGGCUGUCCUGGGACGUUGCAAGAAAGAGAAAUACGCGCCCUUUUAACUUCAGAGGAAUAUGAUCGUUGGUUAGCAAGGAGUCUCAGUGCUGUGGAAAGUGGAACUCGCAAUACAUUUCACUGCCGCACUCGCGAUUGUACCGGCUGGGCGUUUUGUGAUCCUGGUGUUAGGAGAUUCCCCUGUCCUGUUUGUAAACACAUAAAUUGUCUCCCUUGUAAGGCUGUUCACGAAAACGAAACCUGCGAGACAUAUCAAGCAAGAUUAAGUAGAGCUGCUACAGUGACAGAUACAAAUCAAACAGACGAGGGAACUCGGGCUCUGCUAGACUCACUGAUCGCGAAGGGUGAAGCACUGAAAUGUCCAGAAUGCAGUGCAAUUAUAACCAAGAAAUGGGGAUGUGACUGGAUUAAAUGCUCAUCAUGCAAGACGGAGAUAUGUUGGGUGACAAAGGGUCGUCGCUGGGGACCGGCUGGCAAAGGUGAUACAAGCGACGGCUGCAAGUGUGGUGUAAACGGUAAAAGGUGCCAUCCCUUAUGCAGCUAUUGUCAUUAA